AUGGACAGAACCUUGGAAUCCCUGAGACACAUCAUUGCCCAAGUCUUGCCUCACAGAGACCCAGCUCUAGUCUUCAAAGACUUGAACGUUGUGUCGAUGCUACAGGAAUUUUGGGAAAGCAAGCAGCAGCAGAAGGCUGCGUUCCCGAGUGAAGGUGUGGUGGUCUAUGAGUCGCUGCCAUCUCCUGGACCACCCUACGUGAGUUAUGUGACCCUCCCAGGGGGAAGCUGUUUUGGAAAUUUUCAGUGCUGCUUAAGUAGAGCUGAGGCCAGACGGGAUGCAGCUAAAGUAGCCCUAAUCAACUCGCUCUUCAACGAGCUGCCCUCUCGCCGGAUCACCAAGGAAUUCAUUAUGGAGAGUGUGCAGGAAGCAGUUGCCUCCACCAGCGGCACUUUGGAUGACGCAGAUGACCCGAGCACCAGCAUUGGAGCCUAUCACUACAUGUUGGAGUCAAACAUGGGGAAGACCAUGCUAGAGUUUCAGGAGCUUAUGACCAUUUUCCAACUAUUGCACUGGAACGGAAGCCUCAAAGCCCUUCGUGAAACAAAAUGUUCCCGACAGGAAGUCAUCUCCUACUAUUCCCAGUACUCCCUGGAUGAAAAGAUGCGCAGCCACAUGGCCCUAGACUGGAUCAUGAAGGAGCGGGAGUCGCCGGGAAUUCUCUCCCAAGAGCUGCGAAUGGCCCUGAGGGAGCUGGAGGAAGCCAGGAAAGCAGGGCAAGAACUACGGUUUUACAAAGAAAAGAAAGAGAUCCUGAGUUUAGCCCUGACACAGAUCUACAGUGAUCCUGACGCCUCUUCACCCAGUGAUGACCAGCUGAGCCUCACGGCCCUCUGUGGCUAUCACUAG